AUGAGCACAGAGAUGUUCGCAAAGACACCAAUGGAAGUGGCGGUCUACCAGCUGCACAACUUCUCCAUCUCGUUCUUCUCCUCGUUACUUGGAGGGGACGUAGUAUCGGUUAAACUGGACAACAGUGCCUCUGGUGCUAGCGUUGUGGCCAUUGACAACAAGAUAGAACAAGCAAUGGACCUUGUCAAAAACCACCUGAUGUACGCCGUCCGUGAGGAGGUGGAGAUUCUCAAAGAGCAGAUCAAGGAGCUGGCUGAGAAAAACAACCAGCUGGAGCGGGAAAACCACCUACUCAAGAACCUGGCCAGCCCCGAACAGCUCGAGAAAUUCCAAUCUCGCAUCCCCACGGACGUUCCAUUGGACAAUCAGAGCUUGCCGGCGAACACGGAGUGCAAGCAGCUUCAAAUGUGCGGCUCCGGUUCUGCCGUAUAA